AUGUUGAUCAUAACGAUUGUUCGAUUGCUCAUCGCUGAGUUCCGCGUGCUCAUCGACUCCCUGAAAACGCUGGACCAGCAAAUCCACGCUCAGCAACACGCCAAGUCUGGCGCCGGGUCUAACGGUGCACGAACCGCACUGAAGGAGUUGCUCCGAGAGCACAUCGAGCGGCACCAGGAGCUGAUUCGAACGAUGCACCGUCUGCGGAGUCUGCUGCGUUUCCCCUCGCUGCUUCACAUAGGGUUUUACCUGAUCGCCGAAGCUGCCUUUCUGGUGCGACUCUUAAUUAUCAAAGGAGAGUUUGCACUAGGGCUGAUGAUUCCGCUAACCGCGACAUCGUUGUUUAUUUUUGAAAUUUUCGUCUUUUGCAUGCACAUCGAAACAUUGCUGGACUUGAACGAACAAGUUGGAUUCGUACUCUAUAGCUUCCGCUGGUACGACCACAUGCAGCUGGGAAAAAGCUACAGACAGAACAUUUCAAUCGUGCUGUUCCAAGCACACAAUACGAUCCCGUUCACCGCCGGAGGAACAUUCAUCAUUAAUGCGGAACUGUUCGCAAAUCUGGUCCGGAUCACCUACUCGGUCGUCAUGGGCUUGGGCUAUAUGCUUUCGAAGUAG